GCCCCUCCCGCCUGGGAGGAUAUUGCAAAGAGGGAGACAUGGGAGAAAGGAAGUUUGCAGCAAGCGCCUGAAGCAAUUCCGCCCCGGCCUGCAGGUUGCAAACUCUUUUAUAGAGGGCUGGCCGCGGAAGAACCUCUCUUUUCGGCCUCUUUCCAGUUAGUGAACAGACUCCUCUCUAGGAUUUAUUGCAGCUUCGCUGGCCUUUCUCUCCAGCCAGACGUCUCCGGUAACUGCCCUAGCAGCCCAGAAUACUUACCUUUUCCAGGUACAACCAUUGUACGUUUCUCUCUGGCCUCUUCUGGAGGUGCCACAGGCUCUGAAACAUGGACAGCCUUUCUGCAGCAAACACCACCUUUGCCCUCAACCUCUUCAAGAAGCUUAGUCCAAAUGAUUCUACCAAGAACUUGUUUUUUUCUCCAUUGAGUAUGUCUUCUGCGCUGCUAAUGGUCUCGUUGGGUGCCAGAGGUAACACAGAAGCUCAGAUGUCAAAGGUGCUAUCUGUAUCCAAAGAUGGAGAGGUUCACCAAAGAUUUGAGAAACUCAUUUCUGAAAUCAACAAACCAGGUGCCAAUUAUAGCCUCAGUCUAGCCAACCGGCUCUUUGGAGAAACAUCAUAUGAUUUUCUUGCACCAUUUCUAGAAUCCACUCAGAAAUUCUACCAUGCAGGUCUGGAGAAACUUAACUUUAAGCAAGCUUCAGAAGAUUCAAGAAGACAUAUAAAUGCCUGGGUAGAAGAAAAAACCUCAGGUAAAAUUCAGAAUCUGCUUGCCCCGGAAAUAAUUAAUUCACUUACAAAACUGGUUUUGGUGAAUGCUAUCUAUUUCAAGGGAAACUGGGCAAAUCAGUUCAACAAAGAUCACACAGAGGAAAGGCCAUUCCACAUUAACAAGAAUGAAACAAAACCAGUGCAGAUGAUGUUCAGGAAAGGGAAGUACAACAUGACCUACAUAUCGGACUAUCGGACUUCAAUUCUUGAGAUUCCAUAUGUUGAUAAUGAGUUGAGCAUGAUCAUUCUGCUUCCUGAAAAGAUUGAAGAUAACUCUACUGGGUUGGAAAAGCUGGAGAGAGAAAUUACGUAUGAGAAACUCAUAGACUGGAUCAAUCCAAGGAAGAUGGACCUAAGAGAAAUUGAACUCUCCUUUCCCAAAUUUAAACUGGAAGAAGAAUAUGACCUGAAGCCUGUUCUGAAAAGCAUGGGAAUGACAGAUGCAUUUGAUGAGGGCAAGGCAGACUUCUCUGGAAUGUCAACUAACAAUAAUUUAGUCAUAUCUGAAGUUGUUCACAAAUCAUUCAUAGAAGUCAAUGAAGAAGGCACUGAGGCAGCUGCUGCCACUGCUGCUAUAAUGAUGAUGAGGUGUGCAAUGUUUGUGCCAGAAUUCAAAGCUGAUCAUCCCUUUCUCUUUUCUAUUAUUGAGCGAACUACAAACAACAUCCUGUUCUUUGGUAAACUUUGUUCUCCACCUUUCCGCGAGCUUCUGCAGUGGGGCGGAUGGGCUAAGCGCCCGUGUUGGGCCACAGUCUUCGGAUGUAGGCAAAUUGAGAGCAGCCCAACCCUUCCUCGCUCCUCUCAGCCUUCCAACUCGCGAAACCUGCCCGUUCAGACCACCUCCCCUCCCAGCUGGGGAAGGUCAGAGUCCGAGGGCGCUGCCGUCUCGCCAGUUCCAGAGUCCGCUCCGGCGCUCCCCUCCUCGCCACGCCCUCCUCGCCACGUCAAGACUGGAGAUCUGCGGGGGAGCGGCUCUCUGCUUAUCCGACGCACCUGGUCUUCUCUCGGCAGCCUUCUCGUGGUCACUAUGGAUAACCUGGCUAAUGCAAACUCGCAGUUUGCUCUGGAUCUUUUCCAGAAAUUGAACGAAGCCCACCCAACUGCCAACAUUUUCUUUUCUCCGGUCAGCAUAUCUUCUUCCCUGGCCAUGAUCCUCUUAGGGGCCCGGGGUAAUACAGCCGCGGAACUCUCGAAGACACUUCAUUUUGAUGAUGUUGAAGACCUUCAUUCAGGAUUUCACAGGCUCAAUACUAAAAUUAACCAGAGCAAUGCACCCUAUAUUCUGAAAGUUGCUAAUAGGUUGUACGGAGAAAAAACUUUCAACUUUUUGUCUGAUUUCUUGACUAGCACCCAGAAUUUGUAUGGAGCUAAAUUAGCCACAGUGGACUUCUCAAAUGCUCCAGACAAGGCAAAAAACGAAAUUAACCAGUGGGUUGAACAGCAGACUGAAGGUAAAAUCCCUGAGUUGCUAUCUGAAGGCUCUAUCAAUGAAAUGACUAAAUUGGUUUUGGUGAAUGCUGUCUACUUUAAAGGCAGCUGGGCAAAAGCAUUUAAAGAAGAAGAUACUGAAGACAAGCCUUUUAGACUAAAUAAGACAGAAAAGAAGAACGUGAAGAUGAUGUUCAUGAAAGAGAAACUUCCUUUUGGUUAUAUCCCUGAAUGCAAGUGUCGUGUGCUGGAACUGCCAUACAAUGGAGAGGAUCUUAGCAUGAUCAUCCUUCUGCCUGAUGAAAUUGAGGAUAAUUCUACAGGCCUAGAAGAGCUGGAGAAGCACCUUACCUUGGAAAAACUGCAAGAAUGGACCCAGCCCCAAAAUAUGAAUUCCGACCUGGACGUCUAUGUACAUCUACCUAAAUUUCAGCUGGAAGAAAAUUAUGAUCUUAAAUCUUACUUUGCAGCAAUGGGGCUGUUGGAUGUGUUUGACAGUGGCAAGGCUAAUUUGUCUGGAAUGUCAGGAGCUCAGGACCUCCAUGUCUCUAAAAUUGUUCACAAGUCAUUUCUAGAAGUAAACGAAGUAGGCACUGAAGCAGCAGCAGCUACUGCUGCUACGAUUAUGUUACUUUGUCUGCCCGUUGCAGAGGAGUUUAAUGCUGACCAUCCUUUCCUAUUUUUUAUCCGUCAUAAAGCAACAAACACUAUACUUUUCCUUGGUAGAUUUGUUUCUCCAUAAAAGUAGCAUAAAACCAACUUCCAGCCUCCUAUAAAACACACAUUUCUUUGCCUGCUUGGGGGAAUUGCCAUAAACAAGCUAGGUUUCUCCAGAUGUUUUCCAUCUUGGAUUUUCUUGAACUCCUGAGUCUGUUGACAGGUUUUAUGUGACACUUUGCUCUAAAGCAGGGGUGUCAAACUCGCUGUGUCACGUGACAUGAUAUAUUGUGACUUUUCCCCCCUUAUUUUUAUUGUCAUAUUUGGGGUGGACGUGAUUUCUGCGUGAUGCAUCCAGCCCGCGGGCCGGCAGUUUCACACGCCUGGUCUGAAAGGUAGCCAUCUCUAAUCUAGGACAUUCAGGUGUGCUUGACUACAGUUCCUUUAAUUUCCAGCUAGCUAGGAAUUCUGGGAAUUUUAGUUUGAGAUGUUUGGAAGCCAUCAGGCAAGGGAUAGCUGCUAUGCAUUGUAUUUGUAAAAUCAGUAACACAUGAAUUGCUGGAAUAAGGUUGGCCUUCAUUUAAUACAAUUUAAGAGUCUUUAGUCAAGGAACUGGACCAAUGGAAGAUCAUUGAUAAUAUAGAAUCCAGAAAGUGACUUCUUUCUUGUUCAAAAAUACAAAGCAAUUUGGUACUUGUCUUAAUAAGUACCUUAUGAGGAAUUAUGGUACCACUUUUCUUCUCAUUCAGUGAGUGGAGAAUUGUUCGCAUACGAAUCAACAGCAACCUCAAUGUACUAAUUUUCUGAUUUUUUUUUCAUCCACAUUGUCUCUCCUCAUUAAAUCUGAGUUAUAUGUUGUUGUCCAUCUUCCAGGCAUUGAUUUUAUUGAAGAUAGAUGUCAAAUAAAGAAAUUCUAACGACA